UAUUGGAUAUUGUAUUGGUUUCCAUUCUCUAUAGCAGUUUCUUUUUAAGGAAAGAUUUAUCGUGUUCGGACGUGUGCUCCGUAAUCGACUUACAUCCACGUUUUCCUAUAAGAAUUUUUUGCAAAAGCUAUUACAAUGCCUCCUAAGUUCGAUCCGAAUGAAAUCAAGAAAGUAUAUUUGCGAUGCGUUGGUGGUGAAGUAGGAGCUACCUCGUCCCUUGCUCCAAAAAUUGGUCCUCUUGGUUUAUCGCCGAAAAAGGUCGGUGAUGAUAUCGCCAAGGCCACUAGUGACUGGAAGGGUCUGAAAAUCACAGUUCAACUGACUAUCCAGAACAGACAGGCUACAAUCUCAGUUGUACCAUCUGCAGCUUCUCUCAUCAUUAAGGCUCUUAAAGAACCACCGAGGGACCGCAAGAGACAGAAAAAUAUCAAGCACAGUGGUAAUCUAACUUUUGAUGACAUAGUCUCCAUUGCACGUGCUAUGAGGUCAAGGUCGAUGUCGCGUACACUUAGCGGCACUGUCAAAGAGAUCCUGGGUACAUGCCAAUCGGUUGGGUGUACCGUAGAAGGCAGGCCACCCCAUGACCUCAUAGAUGACAUUAAUGCAGGAGAACUAGAAGUUCCUGAGGAAUAAUGGCUGACUUUUGUAAGAUGCAGAAAAUAAAAAGUUUUGGAAAAUAACUGAA